AUGAAUUAUAUUUUUUUAUUUAUUAUAUUAAUAAUAUUUAUUAAAUUUAAUUAUAGUAAAUAUUUUCCUUACAAUGAUAAAUUUUCUUUUGAAGUUAAAAAUAAUGAAUUAAAAGAUAAUCUAAUUUCAAAAUAUUUUAAUAAUAGUGAAUAUGAAAAAAUAAAUUAUGAUUGGAAACAAUACAAAAGAAAAUUUAAAAAAUAUUUUAAAAAUAGUAGUGAAGAAAGUAUUCAUAAAAUGGAAUUUUUUAACAUUCAAAAUAUUAUUAAGAAACAUAAUGAAUUAUUUAAAAAAGUUAAUCAAAAUGAAGAUACAAGAUUAUUUGGAAGAAAUAUUUCAGUACCAUUAUCAAUUGAUUGGAGAGAACAUAAUAGAGUUUCACCAAUUCAAAAUCAAAAAGAUUGUGGAUCAUGUUGGAUAUUUGCAGCUAAUAGUGCUAUAGAAGGUGCUUAUGCCAAAAAAACAGGAAAUUUAUAUAGUUUCUCUGUACAACAAGUAGCUGAUUGUACUUAUGGUAAUUCAUGUGAUGGUGGAUGGAUGACAACAGCUUAUAGAUAUGGAAAAAUAAGAGGUUUAACAACAACUCAAGAAUAUCCUUAUAUUGGUAAAGAUAGUAAAUGUAAUUUGAAAGGAAAAAAAAUAUUUCAUGUUAUUAAAAAGUGGAUAAAUUUAAGUAAAAAUGAAGAAAGAUUAAAAAAAGUUGUUGGAACAAUAGGACCUGUAGCUGUUGCAAUAGAUGCAUCUUUAUUAUCAUUUAAAAAUUAUAAAAGUGGUAUAUAUGAUGAUCCAUUAUGUACCAAUAAUCUUGAUCAUGCUGUAUUAAUAAUUGGUUAUGGUAUAGAUCCAGUAUUUGGAAAAUAUUGGAUUGUAAAAAAUUCAUGGGGAACAUCAUGGGGUGAGAAAGGAUAUUUUAAAAUUAAAAGAGGUGUCAAUCAAUGUGGAAUUGGAGAAGUUCCUUCAUAUCCAAUUGCGUGA